AUGGAUAAUUCUGAUUAUUCGAGGAAUCGGAACAAUGAGCAUUUAGGUGUUAACAAAAUUGGGAAAGCGAUCAGGAAAAGUCCAUUACACCAACCAAGUUUCGCGAAUCCGGCGAGACAACAACCUCAACCUCAAGUAUACAACAUCAACAAGAACGAUUUUCAGAGUAUUGUUCAGCAGCUCACCGGUUCACCUUCCCGGAAUUCUCAGGAGCCACUUCCGAGACCUCCGCAGAACUCACCUAAACCACCUAGCAUGCGGUUGCAAAGAAUCCGGCCAUCACCAUUAGCUCCGCUUAAUGUAAACCGCCCUAGAAUGCCCAUUCCCAUUCAUCAUAUGGGACAAGAUCAGAUGUCUCGCUCCCAGAUGCCUCCGCUUCGUCCACCAAAUGGUGCAGUGCUUGGCGCGCCUCCUUAUAAUGGUAAUUAUGCUAGACCUGCCCACCAUGGUCAACAACGGCCACCACCAGGUAUGCCACAACCACCACCCAUGGCUUCCGGUGAUCAUACAGGGUGGGCAAACACCGCCGAGUCUCCUAUCUCUGCUUAUAUGCGUUACCUUCAGCAUUCCAUCAUAGAUUCAACUCAAGGUCAAGGUCAAGGAAAUCAACAACAACAACAACCCCCUCACCCUCAAUACCAACAAAAUCCUCAAGGUCAACAUCAGCAACCGGGAUUGCUUCCGUAUCCACUUCCAUCUCCUCGGAUGAACAAUGGAGCUCCUCCUCUUCCAUCUCCCCGGAUGAACGGACCUCCACCUCUUCCGUCACCAAGAAUGAACAUGAACGGUCCUCCACCACUUUUACCAUCACCAACUUCUCAGUUUCUUCUUCCAUCUCCAUCUGGUUACUUAAACUUAUUGUCUCCUCGAUCACCAUACCCUUUACUUUCUCCUGGUUAUCAGCAUCCUCCACCAUUAACACCGAAUUUUUCAUUCUCACCCAUGACUCAACCAGGAGUGUUAGGACCUGGACCACCACCUCCACCUUCUCCUGGCAUGGGGUUUCCAUCUCCAGGUUUUUUCUCAAUUCAAAGUCCAAGAUGGAGGGAUUAG